AUGUACAGUGGCUACAACGAGUCCCUGCUAAUCCUCAACGGCGUUGUGAAUGACCCGGCCUGCAAAGGAACCGUGGACACAAGUGUAACACCGCCCGUCUUGAGGUUUGAAUUGAACCUCACCAACUCUUGCGAAAGCACGUUCAGGACGGACAGCGCUCCAGGCACAGGCGUGUUCUCGGACUUCUCCAACAUCCAGACAGUCAACAUCAGUGGUGUUGUCCGAUCAAACGACCCCACCAUAGGGACAGUCAGUUACAAUGUCGACCUGAGGUACUUUUACUCCUGUGCCUAUCCCUUAGAAUACCUGAUCAACAACAACCAGAUAAACACAUCUGGGUCUUCCAUUGCAGUGAGGGACACAAAUGGGAGUUUCCUCAGCACGUUGAGCCUGGAACUCUUCAGUGAUCCUAACUACACUACGCCCAUGAUCAUUCCGAGACUUGGUAUUGAGCUUAAAACCAAAAUCUUUGCUCAAGUCAGGGCAAUAAACUUGACCACCCAGUACCACGUGUUGCUGGACAGAUGCUACGCGUCCAUGUCUCCUCUGCCCGCUAACUCCACCUUCUAUAACCUGUUCGUCUCUUGCUCACAGGAUUUAAUGACCACCAUUUAUGAGAACGGAGACAGUCAGCACGCCCGCUUCUCGUUCACUGCCUUCCGCUUCAAGGAGCAGCAGAAUGAGAUAUUGUCGACCUACUACCUGCACUGCGUUACCCGUCUCUGUGAGAAGAGCACCUGCAGUGCGUUUAAGCAGUGUAGACGCAGGAGAAGUGUUGACCCGGCCACCAAUGCUGGAACGACAGAUGUCCAAACCAUCACCUCCCCUCCUAUAACCACUAAAUUAGAAGGCUUUGGAGAAUCGCAACUCACUCACCAGAAAAACGUUAACUCUUUUGGUCUUUGGGGGGUGGUGGGUUUCCUGUCCUUCCUAUGCCUCGUCGCAGUUGUCACGGCAGGUGUCUUCUGCAGGAUGCUCAACCGUAAGAAGACUGGGAAAACUGCUCCCGACGCGAGCUGGUAA